CCUACAUCUUCUCCCAUAAUGCACUUCCUCGUUUUAUUCCCAUCGUCCUUUGCUGCGAAUGCUUUGCAGCAGUCAAGAUGGCGGACCGGCCAGUUCCCAUAGUUGAGAAGCGACUGAUGGACGUGAAACUGGGAGAGCUGGGAACCUGGAUCGGAGCCCGAGACUUCACUCCCAACGGCAUCUUCGCAGCGUUCCGCAGGGGCUACUUCAGAUACUACAACAAGUACAUUAACGUGAAGAAGGGCGGCAUCGGUGGCAUAGCUAUGAUGGUGGUUGGUUACAUGGCCAUCAGCUACCGGUGGGAAUACGACCACAUCAAACACGAUCGCUGGAGGAAGUACCACUGAGCCUCUGGAGCCGUCAGAACUGCAGGUGUUAGUCCUGGACCUUGGCCCUUUCUACUCUCAGCUCUGUUGGAUUGAUGUGACUGUUGUGACCAAUAAACAAUAUGAAUAUU